AUGUUCCGGCGCUCAUCGUACGCUUCCGUCGCCGCGGGUACGGCGAACAACUCCACCAAUUCACCGUUCCAGCCAACCCGAUCUGGCGCCUUUUCCCACCUGAUCAAUCCGCAAUCCCAAACCGGCUUCUCCGCACACCAAUCACGAAACCACUCGAGACAGCCUUCGCGCGGCUUGGACAUGGACGGACAGGGCGGCUUCUCGGGCUCGUACCGAGCUGGCGCGCAGCAGUUUGGAAAUGGACAGUACGGCGCUAGCUUGGAGCUGUCCGCGCCACCCUUCUUCGUGCCCUCCUACCUCAAGGGUUCGCGGCAUGCGGAACGGUUGGAAGAAGCGCACAAAGCUCGCAUUUCCGCGCAGCGCGAGCCCCGCAUGGGUCAGCCCUCUGGCACCGGCUCCUUAUCUGCGAGCUCCUCCAGCAUCAACCUCCCUAGGAUGGUCCCCUCCCACCGGGGCAUGACCCAUGACAUUAUCGAACGACCACCGCCUGCUACACACACGGAUGAUAGGGACAAGUCGUGGCCGACAAGGUGGAGCGAUGAUGAUAGGUCUGGUGGACUGGAUCUGCUGAAAGAUGGGCUGGAGGUAAAGUGCGGAAGCAUGAGCAAGACACACGAUGAAGCGCUAUCGGUUAGGAGCGAUCAUCCCAUGCCCAGGCAAUGCGGCAUAUACUACUACGAGGUUACAGUGGUAUCAAAGGGGAAAGAAGGUUUGAUAGGAAUCGGAUUCUCGGGAUCCAAAGUUGCACUCCACAGGUUACCAGGUUGGGAACCGGAUUCUUGGGGAUACCAUGGAGACGAUGGAUUCAGUUUUGCCAGCACGUCAUCUGGCAAGAACUACGGACCUAAAUUCUCAACCACCGAUGUCAUCGGCUGCGGUGUCAACUUCAGGAACAACACGGCCUUUUAUACGAAAAACGGAGUUAAUUUGGGAAUUGCGUUCAGGCAUAUCUCCGACAAAAUUGAUUUAUACCCAUCGGUUGGUGUGAAAAGACCUGGCGAGCACCUGCGAACGAAUUUCGGGCAAUAUCCGUUCGUCUAUGACAUCGACGCCGAGGUUAAAAAAGAACAAUUUGCAGUGCAGAGAGAAAUCCGACAAACUAGUGUGACAUCUCUGCGACCACCGCUCGAUGAAACGGCUCUCAUUCACGAGCUCAUCGCACAGUAUCUUGCUCACGAUGGGUAUGUUGAGACUGCACGUGCUUUUGCAGCAGAGGUGCGCGAAGAAUCGCGCGCCUUGGCUAUCGGAGGACCCUCUAAUGCUAAGGACCUUGAACCGGAGGAAGAUAUCGAUGCUAUCAACCGGCAAAGAAUUCGUGCGGCAAUCCUCGAGGGAGACAUCGACAAAGCACUCAAAUUGACUACGGCCUACUACCCCUCGGUCUUGAGCGACAACGAAAACAUUUACUUCAAGCUUCGUUGCCGCAAGUUCAUCGAGAUGAUCAACAAGAGCAUCGAUGCUGCUGCUCCCCCCAAGCCCAGUUACAAAUACGCCAGCAAUGGCUCCAGCAACGGUGCCAGCAUGUACGAGGAUGUCUUCACUCAGCAAAUGGAGCUGGAUGACGGCAUCACGCUUUCUGGAAUAGGUAACAACAAUGGCGCCAGCGAAGCCAUGGAUAUGAGCGCAGAAGAUGAAGAGAGCGUAAUCAUUAAGCAGAAGAAUCUCUUCAACGAGAUAAUACACUAUGGACAGGAGCUGCGGAAGGAGUUUGGCGACGACCCAAGGCGAGAGGUGAAGAAGGGCUUGGAGGAAACGCUCGCCCUGAUUGCGUACAGUGAUCCGAGAGAAUCGACCCUCGCAGGGCUUCUGGAGGAACGCGAGAGGAUCCCAGUAGCGGAGGGUUUGAACAGCGCCAUCCUAGUGAGCUUGGGCAAGUCAUCAAGCGCGGCACUCGAGCGCUUGUGUCAGCAGACGGAAGCGCUAAUCGACGUACUGGCGGAGGACGGAGGGUCGGGAGCGUUUGUGAACGUCGGGGAAUGUCUGAGGCCUUGA